GAAAUUUCUGAACAACCUGCUCAUGCUUGUAUCCGUACGGCUUUCAUACACAGUUCUCACUCAGACACGUCGAGUCAACUCGUCGGUAGCGCUUGACGUCUUGAAUCACUCACAACACGCCACAGGAAAGGCCGCACAACAAACAUGGCGAAAAGCGCGAGGUCAAGGGUCGUAAAAGAAAACAAUCGGCGGCUCAAGCAGAAUGUUUUUGGCCCAGUCGAAGCGGCACGCGCAGAGCGUCUCUCGGCAAAACUGAUAGCCCUUGCUACCGCGCCCAAGCCGCAAAAAGAUAUCGAGAUGAAUGAGGAGCCUGCGAAUGAAACCAAGGAGGUUGCUGCGAAGGAGGACACCAUGGAUGUUGAAGAUGCGAAGCCGGCCAGCAAGAAGCUGAGCAACAAGAGGAAAGUGGAGAAGCGGAGGAGGAAGAAGUCGUCCAUCGUCUUUCCGAUGAGAGGACCCAAGCGGAACAAGAAAUGAGAGGGCCGCCGAGCUUGCAAUCGGUGUUUUGACGCGCGAGGAUUGCUCAGAACCCGGGGGUUUGCCCUCAAACGCCAUGUCUGCUUGCAGACAUCCUCGACCUUGGGCCCUGAGGGGCAGAGGGUAGGCCGGCUGGGCGGAAAGCUUGUCGAGAGAGAUGGGUAAAAAUGGGCGAUCCUGUCCUGAUCCCGGAGGGUUGGAACUUUGAGCAUUUGCACUGGAAUCCUUUGAGAAUGGGCGCGGCAUAUAAAAGGAGUCAGGAGUUCGGCGAAAGAACUACGGAUACCAUCAUCUGGUUGAGCUCGUCGUGUCUGCC